AUGAUUUUGGUUGCAAGUCAGAAAAACGACGAUGAAGACCAGUCUGUUGUUGCUGUCGACAAAAAAGGCUUUGUAUGUCUCUGCUGUAAACAUGGAAGGCACUCGUGUAGGCAUGUAAAGUGCAUAAAUACGAUCGUAAAAAACCAAACAAUGCCUGAUAGUUUGGUAGAGGUUGUGAGAAGGAGCGAAGUUUUGCAAAAAAAGCACCAGAAUGCGUACAUUAGAAAGCCGCUGUCAACUGGCAAAAUUUCUUUGGAGACUCUACCACAUCAGCGUAGUGUCUAUGUAGGGUCUUACAGUAAUGCUGUUAUGGAGACAGUGGAAAGCAGCCUUUUGGUUCCAGAUUUUGAUGGGGAUAAUUGUAGAAAUUGCGGAGAAAGAUUGAAUGAGCACUAUGUUUGGCAACCCAGAGUGAAACUCAUUUCGCGCAACUUCAUAAAACUCGUGAGUGUUCCAGAUAGAAAAUGUCCUAACACAGACUGCUCCGUCGUUCAGAACUAUUGUGGUUCAAACAAAGGAAUUCUUAACAUGGGUGAUUUUCUUGUUGGGCACGAUGUUCUGAAGGACUACAUGUUUAGAUUCCUCACUGGAAACAGUUCAAGUUUAAUCGGCUUUUAUGACUCCUUAAAAUUAUAUAUGGAGCUAGGUAGCGUUCAAGACCAGAAGCUAAUAAAUUACCAGCAAUGGCGGAUGUCUUGGUAUGGUUUCCUUGCAUUGCUUGAUAUCAAUUUUGACAACCACUACGUGUGCCACAUAUGUGGGCAGUAUCCUCAAGUUGUUUGUUGCGAUGCAACCACUCUCGCAUUUAAACGGGAGUAUGCUAAAAGCAUCAUCAUUGCAGAGGAGUGCAACGAGCCUGAAGAGAAAUUACGUGGAUGA